AUGGAUGAAAAACUAAUGUUGGACGAUGUUUCCAGCAGUUUAAGAGAUCGAGUGUUUUUUGCUGCUAGAGAUGGAAUGGCUUUAACGCUUUACGCGUUAUUGUAUGAAAAAAAUACAGAUGAGAUAGACGACCUUUUAAACAACGAUGUAUGCUGUGAUGGAGUCAAAUGUACACCACUUAUAGCUGCUGCAAGGCAUGGGCGCGAGGCAGCAGUACGAAUACUUUUAGAUAAAUUCCGUCCUCCUGUAAGACUUGAAACGGAAGGCACUGUAAAGUUUGACGAAUAUGUCAUUGAAGGAGCCACAGCGCUAUGGUGCGCGGCAGGCGCUGGUCACUUAGGAAUAGUGAAAAGACUUGUUCGAGCCGGGGCCAACGUGAAUCAUGCUACGAAGACUUUAAGUACCCCACUGAGGGCUGCUUGUUUUGAUGGCCGCUUGGAUAUCGUGAAGUAUUUAGUCAGGCAUGGUGCUGAUAUUCACAAGGCGAACAAAUACAAUAACACCUGCCUAAUGAUUGCGGCGUAUAAGGGGCAUUUGGAUGUCGUACAAUUUUUAUUGGAAAGCGGAACAAGAGUGGACGAUAGAGCGCUAUGCGGUGCGACUGCGUUGCACUUUGCAGCAGAAUGUGGACAUGCAGCCGUCGUUUGCGCACUGAUUGACCAUAACGCCAAAAUGCUUACUAACCAAAACGACAUGACACCGCUGCAGUGUGCAGCGGAACGCGCCCGUGCGUCAGUAGUGGAAAUACUCGCGGCGAGGCCGGACGUCACGCGCGCUCAGGCGAUUGAUGCUUUUGAGCUACUUGGCGCUUCGUUUGCUAAUGAUAAAGAAUAUUAUUGUUUACGGAUGGCGUAUCAAUACCUACACAGAGCGAUGACGAUGAGAUACGACACUCGAUAUGGUCAGCUGCUGAAGAAACCCGCCGAUCCCAUACCGGCCUAUGAUAACUGGCGAGAAAGUACCACUUUGGAGGAGGUGGAGAGACUACACGGUAACCCACACGCGUUGCACAUGGAAGGUCUAACAGUCCGCGAGAGAAUUCUCGGUCGCACAUGUCCAGAUCUGCCCCACCCGGUGGUGUUUCGGGGCGCGGUUUUUGCUGACGAAGCAAGAUUCGAACGGUGCCUCGCGUUGUGGAGACACGCCCUUACACUACGGAUUCUUAACUCUGUGUCGGUUGUUAAAGAUCUACUGAGGUUCGCUCAGGUGUUUUCGCAGAUGAUUCAUAUUGGAAUUGAAUUACCGCUUUAUCAGGUAUGUUUUGUGUUGGAGGCUUGCGCUGAAGAAUUGCGAAGAGGUAUCAAAAGACUCGAGAUAGAGAGUGACACUGAAGCAUUGAUAGAGGAGUACGAGAGCAAUGUACGGACUGCUCUCUAUCUCGUUGCUGUGGCUGCUAGGUUGCUUGAGAAUCCUAAUAAUGAUGAGCAAACAAACAGACUGACAAGAUGUUCGGUGUUCAAUCUGCGUGAUGUGAGUCUUCGUACGGGCGGUACUCUGUUGCACCUCGCCGUGGACAGACGGACGCCAGUUGACGAUUUUCAUACUAGUGAUGUUUGCCAAUUCCCUUGCACAAGAACCACUAGACUGCUUCUCGAGUGCGGCGUGAAUGUGGACGUGGCCGAUGACUCGAGGAGAACUGCGCUACACGUUGCGUUGCUGUCCUAUCAGUAUAUGCCUGUCCUAUGUGUAGAGGAACGGGAAGCGUGGAGCGAGGCGUUGUGCGGCUGUGUGUGUGAGUUGCUCGCACGCGGCGCACACGUUGACGCUAUGGACAUGGACGGGAUAACCCCACUGGUCGCUUCUAUUGGAGGUCCAGCAGAGUCUCUUGUCCGUUCUGCGCUAAACCCUAGGCUGAGCUGCUUAGCAGCGUCUGCGCUGGCGCACCACGGAUCGAAGUACCGUCCCGAACAAGUGCCAAAAGAUUUACACGAUUUCCUCAUCAUGCACGGAGUUUAUCCAGUAUAA